GAAACAGUCGCCAGUUGUCCAGUUUCAGCAGUGUAGUGUCACUCAGUCGGUCUGUAGCCCAGCUUACCUGGCGGACUCGUUCUUCCCUCUUUAUCUUCUCCGCCGCGAUUUUCACGUACUAAUUUCGGUGGUCCACUCUCUAUUUAUAAGGAUGAAGGUUGUUUUCACGGCACAAGGCCUCAAAAUCCAAACACUUUGUAGAUUUUUAGUAAUCAAUGGCGUCUUGGGAUUCAGUUCAGCUCAAGGUGUUGUACAAUGUGUUUGGAUGGGUAGCCUUCGUCUCCUGGUCCAUAUGUUUCUACCCACAAAUCCUCUUGAAUUACAGACGGAAAAGUGUGGCAGGGUUGAAUUUGGAUUAUGCACUGCUGAAUAUGGUAAAGCAGUUGGCGUAUUUGAUCUACAAUGUUUCCAUAUUGUUUAGUCCAACAGUGAAAAAGCAAUACCAUAGAAAAUUUGGGGAUGAUAAGAUGUUGCCUGUUGCUCAAAGUGAUCUGGCUUUCUCCAUACAUGUUGUUCUUGUGUCUGCUUUUUCAAUGUAUCAGAUUGCAAUUUAUGAUCGUGGGACACAGAAAUUCUCCAGAUUAUACGUCUCGAUUGUUGCUAUAUUCUUGUUAGCAGCUGCAGUUUGUGUGGGCAUAGCUAUACCACAUCAUUCUUGGUUCUGGCUGGUGUCCUGCUUAAACACAAUUCAGGUUGUUAUGACGAUCGUCAAAUACAUUCCUCAGGCGAGUAGAAAUAAUCUUAUCAUUUCAAGAUUUUUGAAUUCUUGUUAUUUCCUAGCCAUCCUUAAGGUCGUGUACAACUAUCGUCGGAAAAGUACAAGCGGAUUUAGCAUUGGCAAUGUUUUACUCGAUUUACUUGGCGGCAUCGCAAACAAUAUUCAAAUGCUCAUGCAAUCCAUAGAUCAAAAAUCUUGGGAGAAUUUCUAUGGGAACAUAGGGAAAUCAUUGUUGGCUCUGGUGACAAUUGUGUUCGAUCUUAUAUUAAUGGCUCAGCAUUAUCUGCUUUAUCCCACCAAAAAGGCACCUUCUAGUCCGACUGUUGUAAAAAUGGAGCUACAAAGAGACAAUGCUGAGCAAUGCUGAGAUGAUUUUUUACAUUGAAAUGUACUUUGGCCAGCACAGCAGUCUUGAAGCUCAAUUGCCGUUUAAUUCCAAUAUUAGGAGUUCUCCUUCAAUAUUUGCAGGUUUGAUGUCUUGAGCAAUUGAAGAAGCACUUUGAUAAACAGAUCAUGAAAUAUUUUUUGACUAUUGUAAUAUGUAAUGUGAGAUCAUGAAAAAAAUGCAUCAAGGAUUUAGAGCUGUCAUAGUCAAAGCAAUGGACCAGACUAUUUAUCUAUUUUUUGACUUUUGAAUGAAGCUAGUUUUAGAUGAUAAACAACUUGUGCCCCAACUAAUUUUGAUUCUUUUUCUUUUCUUUUCAUGUACAAUUGUUUUUGUUUUGCAUUCUCAUUAAAAAUUAUAUAACUGUUGGCUAUGUGCCCAAAUUUUCGAAUGAACUUUAAAUCCAAUAUUUCAUUUCACAUUUUUCAGUCACCAAUCUUGUGCAAUGUUAACAUGACACUCAACUUUUACCACAUUUGCUGUCAUAUUUAACAAUGCUAUCAAAAUUUAUCAAAAUUUUUCUCGAAAAACAAAAUGAAAUACUGUCAUAAGUUCUUGUAUAAGUUGGGAUAGAACUUACACAUUCACUUCUUUUAAUUAACUUAUAAUUGGAUUGUCCCUACCAAUUGACACAAAAUCUUUUAAUAGCAACUAAUUGACAAGUGAUUUCCCAUAGUUCUUGUAGAAGUUUGAGGUUAUUUACCAAUAGUAGUCAUCACACAUUUGAUUCUGGAAAGGAAAGUGUAAACUGUAUAGACAAUCCUCAGAAAACUCAACCGAAAAUUUGAAAUCCGAAUAUGAACUGCAUAUUUGCGUUUUUGCGAUAUUUUUUAACCUCUAAUCCACCUUCAUAAACAAUUGAAUGAUUUGAAAGAACUGUGCACACUAGUCCUCGAUUGCUGCUUGAAAAUCGGACCCACAUGCUGAUGAGUAAUGAACGAUCCAUUCCGGUAAUGUAUUUGAGUAGAAAUGAAAUUUCGCUUUGAUGGCGAACGUUAUUACUUUGAUGUAUUAUUGGAAGCACUGUUCUUUGUUGAGGAUGUUGGAGGUGGAGGGGGAGUAGGCACUAAUGUCUGCAUAAAUGGAAAACCAAACAAGGAAACAUUUGAAGGCUUUACAGGAGUUUUUGCUAAGUUUUGGACAGAAAAAACAAUUGGCUACUCAGUUGAAUUUUUCAUUAUCUACUUGAAAGCAGCAAUUGAGGGUGUACUUUAUGUACCUUUUCAACUUUAUUAUCUCUUGUGUUUUCUCCAUUCUCAUAAGAGUCGAGCAGAGGUUGAGCUUUGAAACAAAAGCUGCAGCUCAGUUUUUUAACUCGCUUUCCUGCUUUGUCCUGUGAAGCAAUUGUGAGAUUGACAUCAUUUAUCAAAUCAUUUUUCCUCAAAAUUAUGCGAUCAUCAUGAAAAGACAUGAUGAGACGAUUAGAUAACUAAACUCCACAAUACGUUAAUGUACAUCAAGCUCAGAAACAAAAUAUGCACACAACAGAAGGGCAUUGCCUGUUUUCUUUUCUUAGCGGAUGAUAUUGGUGACUGCAGUUUGUUUCGACAGGCAGUUGAUGACUUGGAACAGCUGGAGACAAAGCAAAUUUGUAAGGAACUCAAAACUAGUUCUCAUUUAUUCAUCAUUAAUUGUCAUCACACUUCAAAUCUUUCGUUCUUGCAAAUGUUUGUCUUACAUUAUGGAAAAGAUGCGCCACUUCGCGCCAGUUUUGCUUCCAGUGGUCAAGGGAUCAACUGGCAUUUUUAAUCUGCUUAUUAUAAAAGUGUAAAAUAUGUCAUUGCUCUGUAACAAUUAGCAUUAACACACUAGACUUACACAGAUCAAUCAAAUAUUAGAGACAAGUAAAGUAUUUGAAACCUGUUCUCUGAUUGAGAGGUAGGUUCUGCAUAUGAGGACACAACUUUAACUGAUGCCUGCAUUUAGGGAAAAUAAAACGGAAAUUAAAUGAAUUUUUACCGCAUAUAACUAUAGUUUCUUCCAAUAAGCCACAUUAUGCAGAGAAUCACCACAGCUGAAUUUUUAGAGGCAAAAAUUGGGUCUCUAUCAAGCUCUGCAGAAGGAGCUAACUUCAGUAAGGCAUGCAAAGACUUUGAAGAUGAUCUCUUUUUGCUUCGACUGGCAUUACUAUGGAUAUUUUCUGCAUCUUUCGGACCGUUUUCGAUAAGAGCAUCCAAUAAGCAUUAUAAUCAUCGUCAGCUGAUUCGGAUUCUGCUUGAGAGGCAUUUGCCGCCUUUUGGGCUGCGAUUCUCUUGUAAUGGGCCUCGAAGAAGGCCUUUUUCCGGGCCACGGACCCAGGCUGUGAAUAUCUCUCAGCCUCCUCCACGUACUUCUUGUGUGAAGAAAAAGCUGACCAUUUUUCCCAUGACAAGGACUGAUCCGUCAUGAACCUCCCGAACGAAAUGGAUUCACCGAGAGCAUGCUUCGUAUUCCCCUGAAACGCGUGUAAAUUUUUUCCCAUUUUUGAGAAUUUUUUAACAGUUUGUCAUGAAAUUUUUGUUCUGCACAAAUCACUAGAAUUCAAAUGUUAUUUACAAUUGAAAGGAAAAACAGAAAAG